GACAGGUGGCAGGUGCGCGUCGUCCGACGUCCGACGUCCGAGCUCCUCUUAAGCGCGCCCUCGGCCGGCUUUGCGGUUCUCGGCGGUGACGAUGGCGACGGCGGCUCACCUCUUUGCGCUUUUGCUGGCGGCCUCCGCGGACCUCCUGGCGACGCCGCCGCCUUUGCCGACGGUCACGUGCGGCGCGGAGGGCGCGGCGGGGGCGGCGGCCCUCGCCGUCCGACACGUCAACGAGCAUCACAAGCACGGCUUCAAGUUCGGCCUGUGGAAAGUCCUCAGCAGCAAUUUCCAACAGGUUCCGGGGGGUUGCCACAUCGGCGUGCACGUGAAACUGGUGCAGACCAAAUGUCACUUCACCGACCCAAAACCGCUGGAGCGAUGCCAGCCCUUCGGACGCGCCGAACGGGGCGCAGUGGCAGCCUGCGUCGCUUACGUUUGGGUCGCUUGGGGCUCGGCCACCGUCGCCGGAUACGACUGCGCCACCAGACCAGAACCGCGCGACGAGGAGCUGACCCGGACUUGCCCCGACUGCCCCACCCUGCUGGCCCUGGACGACCCGACGGCGGUGCAGGCGGCGCAGCAGGCGGCCCUCAAGUUCAACCGCGAGGGCGCCCACCACAAGUACUUCGCCCUGAUGGAAGUGGCCCACGCGACUUCUGCGUACGUCAGAGGUACAGGCCCGCAGACCUGGAUCCGGUUGGCCCUGGUGGAGACCAACUGCCCCCGAGAGGCCAGGAACCCGCUGGCGGUCUGCAGACCCCUCUGCCUGCAACGAGCUCGUCACGCCUAUUGCAAAGUCACGUAUUACAACAUGCAGAAAGAAGUGCAAGACAUGGAAUGCGAAAUCUAUCCACCCAAGAAUUCUGCACCCCCUCCGGCCGGCGUGGAGGAGCCCGCGUGCGGCCCGCUUUUCCACGAAAGUCCCGAAGCGAAAGCCUGCGAGGCCCGGCUGGCCGUCCGCGAACGGGCCGUCCACCACAUUUGUCCCUUCCCGCUUGUCGUAGUCCUGCAGCGGGAACGCUACCCGCAGGAGCGGGAGCCUUGGGUCAAAGGCUGAAGGUCGGGGGUCAAAUGCAAGGGGACCAAUUCAAUUCUUCGCUGCGUUUCAAUCAAAUAAAUUUUUCUUCAAUGAA